AUGGGAUGUUUAUGGUGUGAUAAGAUCGUUCAUUAUAAUCAAAAAUACAAAUAUAGGAACUCAUAUAGAAACGUAUAUGAACGAUGACCAUUUGAAAGUGCAAUAAGAAAAACGAAUGUCAGAACUGUUAAGUAGGCCUACCCUUCCAAAAGUAUCACGGUGCCCAGAUGUUAAGCAUCAAACGCAGCUCUGAUCUGUGUGGGCGGGAACAUCUUGGCACCACCGCUGCCGCAGAGGUGAUUCAUGUGAGGAUUUUUAUUUCUGGCUGGAGAUGUAGAAGGUCCGCACUGCUUGGGACGUACGUGUAUACUUUUUGCGGAAAACAAAGUGAAGGAGUUUAAACUUUGUUGACUUGUUGAAUCCUAAUCUGUAUAGGAGGAAAGCGUCUCACUGCCGUGAGCAUCACUUCAGAAUAUGAAGGAUAUUAUUUCUGUAUACUUGAGAGCCACUAAGAACUGGAAGACUGCAGGAGCUGUAUGAUGCAGACCCAUAUCAUGGUGGAUGGCCAGCAGUGCCAAAACAUUUUCACACAGCCUACCAGCACAACUGCACUAAAUAACCCUAGUUACCAUGGUGAUUAUAAUGGAGCAUGGGAUAACAGGAGUCCUGCAUUUGUCUACCAGACUCCACCUGUGCCACCCACUAACCACCCACAGCACAGGGGACAGCAAGUCUUUCAAAGCAGACAUGUGACCAAUGGGAAUCACGGGCACAUUGUCUCACCAAAUAUGCGUCCCUUCCCAGUGAGCUCUUCCUUUGGUCCUAUUCAAGGGAACACCAAUCAAACUGUUGGGUCUGUGCACCAGCAGCCAUUAAGAAACCACUUUUUCACAAAUGGACAUGUCACUUAUGCUUCCUCACCAGCAAAUUUUCCAAAGACCCUGUAUACAGCACAGCAAACUCCCAUGAGACCAGAUGUCUAUGUUGCCAGAGAAAACCAGCAGAACACACAAGUCUUUGUGCAAGCCCACAAUUACAACAUUUCCCAAGAGUCUAUGCGCUCCUCAAGGCCUGGUAAUGUGCCUCAGCUGCCUGCCUCACUAUCACAUGGGAAUCGUGCCAUAAACCAGGGUCAUUUACAAAGGGAGUUGAUUCUGAGGCAGAGUACAGGGGGGCAGGUCUCUAUCCCUGCAGUGCAGGAUGCAGGAGCAUACCACUCUCUGCAGGAUGCAGGGGAGUACUCCUCUGCACAGUUCUACCCCUGUAGGGAGAGUGUGAAUGGAGAUCGAGGAGCAUGGAACAAUUGGCAUGAAGCUAUGAGAACUGGAAGGAGGGAGAGCUUGAAUUUACAGUCUGCUGUGAAGGUUGCGAUGGUAGAGCAGAAGGGCGGCACAUGGCAAGGCGUGAGAGACCUCAGGCAGGAGAUGGGCAGUGUGAGGGGUGUCACUAAGAACUGCGGGAUGGAAGUGAAACUGAACCCUAAGUUUGAAGUACAGUGUCCUACUGGGGUACAGGGUCAUGUUCAUGGAACAGAAUGUAGGGGUCAGGGGCUGGCCACCAGCAGCCCAAAUUCUGCUGUGCCAGCACAGAAUACUUCCCUACAUCCACAACCUGUGGAUCAUACGGUAAGCUGGGCUAAACCAUUUUUACAUAGAAAAGUAGAUGGAUUGCUCCGCUCCUUGCUUAAGAAUACUGAGGUGAUUCCAAAUACAGGAAUGCCUCAGGUUCAAGCACAAUGUGGAGAGACAGCAAUUGCACCCCACAGCUCCCUGAGCUGGUCCAGUUCUCCAGGAAGCAGGUCUGACAAGAGAUUCAUGAACCAGCUUCACAUGGCAACAGCACAGCAGUCUUACCAGAGUGUUCCUAGUCAAAGUGGAGCUGUAAACCCGCCUCAGUAUCAUGCCUUCCCAGACCAGCAGGGGGAGCUCCUCUCAACCGGCCUACAGCCUCCACCAACAGCACAGGGUCCUGUGGGGAGAAACACAAAGGGAGCAGCUAAUCAAACGUAUCGCCGAGGCCUUACUAUGCCUCCACCAUAUGUUUCACCUGGGACUAAGAGUGGAGGUACAGGUGAGGCGGUGAAGCAUAUUAAGGCAAUAAAAAUGGCUAACCAUGCCCCAAACCAGCCCAGUGCAUCUGGCUGCGAAUUUCCUGAUGCUGGCUCUUACCAUGAGCCGAGCAUUGCCACUUCGGCUUUUCCCAGCCAAGCUGUGCAGUCAGGGAAGCUACCGUGCCGUAGUCAGACCGCAGGCAACUCAAUGACUGGUUCAGAAAGACAAGUGGUCUCUUUCGCUACAACGCCAGGGAAUGCAUUUACAGCAGGAAAUGAGUCAUGUAUGAGCAACCAGCCUGCUAGCCAAGCAGACGCUCAACAUAGAGAUAACCAGUUGUCUUCUGCAGGUGACAGUGUGAAAGCAGUCCACAGAAAAGAUUAUGGAGAGACCUGUGGAGCCAAGAGCCCACAGACUGACAGUGCUCCUCUUUCAGAUGCUGGCUCCCCAUCUCCAGAACAUGUUUUUAAGUCGCCAAAAGUAAGCAGUCAGCAGAGCAAGUCAUCUGGCUCUUCCUCAUCCCAGAAGGCUGUGGCAGUGGUUACACCCCUAUCACCGCAGUCCUGGGACCCUGCAGAUGAGACGAGCAGCACCUGCCAAACAGAGAGUGACUUGCCGUGUAAGAUCCUGAGUGUGAUAUCACUGAGUGCAGAGUCUACAGCAGGCCUGUUCGACUUCAAGAUGACCGACACAGCUUUCGAUUCCUUGCUAAUCAGCAUGGGAACAGGUGAAAAAGAUCCACAGAACAUCCAUUCAAGAGUGCCCACUACUGUAAGCCUUGGUUCAGCAUCUACAGAGCUGGCUGUACCACACCAGAAAAUGACACCACAGAUGUCUGGUUCAACCUGCCAAGUGAUUCCACCAACAGCUGAUGAUUCUGCUACUCAGAAGAUUGAUCCUCAACCUUCAAACCAACAAAAAUCUGACCUGACACUACCCACUAAUCCAGCUCCUCCAACUUUCUGUGAAGUCACACCCCCUUCAGGAAUGCACUUCAAUAUGCCAGGUGCCCAAACAAGUGUGGCAGUUCAUGAAAACCGUGACCUGGAUGGAGAGUUGGAAAAUACUAUCUUUGAUUUGUCGUCUGUGUCUAUAAUUGAAUGGACAACCGCAAAGGUGGCUAAGUUAAUCACUUUUUUCCAUCAGAUUGAAGGCACUCCGAAACAGGAGAUGGAUGUCAAGAAGACUGCAGAGCUUUUUGGGUUGCAGGGUUAUGAUGAUCUCCCAGAUGUCUUCAGUUCAAACCUUUACCAGUCAAUAAUGGCAGAGGCCCGCAGUGUGUGCAAAGAAGGUGAAAACCUUGUGUUUUCCCAGAUUAAUCCCACAAGCCUUGAAGCUGUGGCAGAGAACUGCCAAAUUCUCAAACACUGCCCUGUUCGUCCCAGCAAGGAAGAGGAUGAAGUUGUGAAAUCAAACCAAGCUUUGAAAGGAAAAAUGGUCAGGCCUGAAACUGUGACAUGCAGAAGUAACAGGAACACACCCCUGCCAACGCCUCAGUCACAGGCCGACUGUGCUCUAGUUGAUGGCACUGUGGAUGCCCUCUCCUCAAUCAAAAUCAGAGUGCUUCCACCUGAAGAAGCCAGGCGGAUUUACUGUGGUGAGGAGAGUGAGAUUGUGAAGCUGGACAACCCACAAAGCACGCUGCCUGCCCUGGAGGGCCAGGGAGAUGAAAUGAGCCAAAUGGGGGUCCAAGCUUAUCAGUGGCAGCCAGAGGAGCAGCAGAAAGAGGUGAAACAGGUAGAUGUUUCCUGUUGCUCAUUCUGCUGGAUCAAGAUGACCACCAGCUACAAAAAAGGCUUCUGCGCAUGCCAGUUUAAGUCCAAGAUAGGGCAAGGUGGAGAGGGGGAAUCAAAAAUAGACAUCACCAGCAACCAAAUGGAGAAAAGUGAGAGACUGGAAGUGAUGGAGAGUUCUGUGGGAGGUGACAGCUGCCCUGCUGGAGAGCACAACACCAUUUCAGUCCAUGAACCUGAAACUACAAAGGAAUAUCUGCCAGAGGAAGACCUGCCAGAAGAAGACCUGCCAGAAAAUCAGCAUAUUGGAAUCAAGGCACUUUCUGUGUCUGAAUGCUCCCAGUCCAGGCCAGCAGAUAAUUCCACCCAGGAAGAGGGGAACAACACAGAGGGGGAAGCCAUAGUGUCAUCUGGUGAACCAGAGGAGGGAAGGGAUGCACCAGACCCCUCUGAGUGCUCCAGUUCAGAGAUCCUCUUUGAUCCUGACAUCACUGUUCAAGAGGUCAUCAUCCCUGUCUUGAAUGUAACUGAAGUUGAAAAUGAGAAUGUCUACAGUGACUAUGAAGAGACACUGAAGAUGGCUGCGGCAGUGUCUGAAAAGCUGUGGAAAGGAGGCGUUGCUAAAGGUGAGCUUCCAAUUCUACUCAAGGUAAAUGUGGAUGAAGUUCCCACCUCUGGGUUAGAAGCUGAAGAUGGUGCAGCUUCUGGAAACAUGAGGUUGAGUUCCCAGGCUGAGGUGCCCAAUCAGCUGCCAGAGCCAAUGGAUAUUCGUGAUCUGGAAAGACGGAUAGGAGGACAAACUUCUCUUUCCUUGAGGCAGAGGCUACACAAGCGCCUACCCUCAAUAGAGAAGCACAAUCAUAAGGGUGAAAAUGUCAGAAGGGGAGAAAAAGGGUGCAAAAGGAGGCGUUGGGAAAAGUCCCCAUGUUCCACAUCACCUGUGCGAGAACCAUCACCCCAGAGUGUGAAGAUCAGUGAGAGGGAAGAGGCCGUGAUUAAAGGAAUUGAGCACAGUCAUCGCAACAGGGAAAAGCCCCUGUUAGUCAAACGUAAAGGAGAUCACUGCUUUGCAUCUCCAAAAUUAAAGCUUCCUAAACUGCACAAAGACGUACACGUAUGCCAAGAAAGCAACUUUGAAAAAAGACCAUUUGUAAGCAAAGGAAUUUCAUCAAAAGAGUCACCUAAGCAGAAAGCAGAUGGCAGGGGUAUGUAUUUGACAUUGUAUGGAUCCUCAUCUAAAACUGGAAAUAGGGUUGUAAGUUCCAGUGGAGAAUCAGUUUUCAAGUCCCAAGGAGGCAAAAGUCUACCUGCACCUUUAACCCUCGGCUUGAGUACUCAUUCCAAGGACAGUAAUCAUUCAGUAGCAAGAAUUAAAAGCCCAGCAAAACAACAGGUCUUUUCAAUCUGGGAACGCAGUUUUGUGCCAUUAAACCAUCAUAAAAGAUCUAAGACUGAGACAACUAAGCAGGGUAAAAUAAAGGGAUACAGUAACCUAGGAGUCGGAACAAAGGCAGCUAAUCCACCUGUAUGUGGAGGUGAUCCAAAGUCAUCGAGGAUCCAAUGCAGACCUCAAUCCUCUUCCCAAAGCACAGCUGCCACAGUCAAACGCAGGGAAUGUAACAAACACAUGGGUAAGAGGGAGGAAAAGAGGAACUCAACAAUAAACACUGGUAAAAGCCACCUGGGAAAGGAUCGGGAGAGCAGCUUUGUACCUAAAGCAAGUAACAAACACCGGGGAAAGAGUCAGGAGAAGAGUUCUGUACCUGAAACAGGUAACAAACUCUUGGGAAAGAUUCACGAAAAGAAGAGCACUCUACCUAAAAUGGGAAACAAACACCUGGAUAAGACUCAAGAAAAGAAGAGCUCAUCAGGGAAAUUUGCAGAAAAUAAGUUUUCUUCACCUUGCUUUGUGCGUCAGUCCCAGGACUCCCCCUCAGUCAGGAAGACCAGCAAAGAAACAAGGCAGCAAGAUUUGGAGAAGGCCCCAUUGUUUUUCCAGGAAACACAAGCCACCCUUGACAAAAACAACAGGCAAAAGACUAAAAAGAAGUUUAAAGAAGUAGAACCAGUGCAUCUUCCGGUGAGCCCACUGUCAACCCUUACAACCAAAACCAAAACCAAAACAAAUACCAAGAAUGCAGUGGAGACUAGGGGGCCGGAUUGUAUUGCAGUGAAAGAGAAAGUCCGUGUUCUAUUGCGUAGGUCCUUUCAUCUCAAGGAUGGUCCAGUUCAUGUGAAAUCCAAGAAUUCCUGAAGACAAGACUUCCUGUGCUAAGUGUCCAGUGGGGAAAGACACUUCCUGUUCAAAAGGAAAGUCACAUGGCAUGGUCGCACCAUCCCAUCAUGUGUAUCCUUCCAGGACUACAAGACGAGGCACAUGCCAAAGCACAACACCUAGCUUUCCCAGAAUGCACUGCUUGGAAUCUGUUUUCAAGGCACAAAAGGAAGUGUGAUGACUCACACUUGCACACUCACCCGAGUUUCCGGUGAAGAUUGCUUGUUUCCAGUGGAAACUGUUUGAAGACGUGAGAACUUCUCACUUCACGGCUAUCCAUCCGAAGAAUGUCUCUUUGAUUUGAGAGCCAAAGUGUGAAGUGAAGUGUGUUCUCUGUGAUUGUAAUCAUUGACUUGUAAUUUUGAUGUCAACAACUCCUUACCAGCAUCCUGUUGGUUUUGCUCUUUAGAUUCACACUGUAAGAGUAUAUUUUGUCAUUUUUACGGUUUUAUAUAUUGUUUUUAUAUUUUCUGAAAGCUCAGGGUGUCUGUAUUUGUCUACAUCUGCUGUUGAAUUGGUCUGGCAUCUUACCAACAUUGUGAUACACAUAAGGGGGCCCCAGAAGUCUCCACAGCUGUCCUGGACCAGGCUUGGGGAACCCAACAGUCCUUGCGGUUCUCCUGGAUCAGGCUUGGGGAACACAGCAGACCUUGCGGUUCUCCUGGACCAGGCUUGGGGAACCCAACAGACCUUGCGAUUCUGCUGGACCAGGCUUGGGGAACCCAACAGACCUUGCGGUUCUCCAGGACCAGGCUUGUCCACUUCUGGAUAUUAUAAUUACACUGAGGAGCCUUUAGUUAUGAGCACACACUGAUGCAUAACUAAGCCAGAGAAGCUGUGCAUGGGGGUCCGGGUUGGGGGUGGGGGGGGGGGGCAAUUGUGUAAAUAUUAACAGUUAAAUGCAUCGAUCUGGUGCAAUUUGAGAGGGAAAUUAAGAGGCUAAAUCCAUGAAGAAUUUUGUGCUUUUGUAAAACUUUUGUAUCAACACCGUAAGACGUUUUUACGACAUUGUAAGACGUUUGAGCCUACACUUACGCCAUAAAAUAAAUAAAAUAAAAGCUAUCACGUUA